ACUCCUGGGUUGUGAUGAGAGAGACCAAUGUGCCAAUACAUCGCCAAUCCUUUCACCUGCAUACAUAUUCUUCACUUCCCACGCUUGUCACCGGAGAGACACCUGCACUAUUGGAGCCCUGUUCCCUUCGUUGUACUAUCUGGCAGCACUACCACAUGCCUGACACGCCUCUCAUGUUCCUCUUGCUCUCUACCAUAGCCUAUCAACUCAUCCUAUCCUAAUUCGAUUUACUUGAAAGUGCUUCCAUCUAACCUGAUUUCUUCAAUGAUAGCACUCAUUGAGAACUAUACCGCCGCCCCUUAUAACUUCCGCAAGAUACAGGAGAGUAUCAACAACAUAGUGCGUGGUUCUUCAGGGCCCACUCCACAGCAAAACAUGGCGAACCCCUUCCCGAAUGGUAACUACAAUUACCCUCCUGGAAGGGCCUCCGACUAUGCGUCACAGACGCACCGAUAUCCUGGAGCAAGUAACUCAACACAGUCACAGGGCAGUUAUGGAUCUAGUACGGCAGGUGGCAAUACAUUGAGCUACUACAGGAAUGCGCAUCAGAAUAUGCGUGAUUUGCAAUUCAAACCGUCGCCCUUUUACUCCAUAAUAUCGAGGAUUGGCGAUAUCCGUACCUGUGACAUUAUGAGUCAACACAGGAGCACUGUCGUUAUUCCCGUACGUGUCGGAGACCACCCAAAUCUCGUCAACCUCUCAAGCGAUAAAUCAUACAGAGUUAUGGUGUUUUGCGCAGGUGACCGAGAUAAUGUCCAAGAUAUCGCUUUUCCUCAUCAAAGCGAGUUCAAGGUGAAUGGGGGGGACAUAAAAGCGAACCUGCGGGGCUUAAAAGGGAAACCAGGAACUACACGUCCUGUGGAUGUGACGAGCGCACUGCGCCUCAAGCCAGCAACUUAUAAUAAUACCAUUGAGUUCACAUACGCAUUGACCAACAAGGUGAAGAAGCACGACCUGCCUCCCGCAACUACAAAAUUUUACUUGGCGGCGUAUCUUUGUAAGAUGGUAACCGUUGAUGAACUAGUCACGAAGAUACGGGGAAGAAAGAUCGCAAAAGCCACAGUCAUCCAAGAGAUCAACAAGAAGGCAAACGACCCGGAUGUCGUAGCUACAUCAACUGUUCUAUCUUUGAAGUGUCCGCUUAGCUAUGCAAGGUUGAGCACACCUUGUCGGUCCGUGCUAUGCCAGCAUAUUCAAUGCUUCGAUGCAGCCUCGUAUUUGCAAUUACAGGAACAGGGACCGCAAUGGCUAUGUCCCAUAUGUAACCAAGCAGCUCCAUUCGAGAAUCUAGCCGUUGACGAAUACGUUAGAGACAUUCUCGAAAAUACGGCGGACGCGACCGAGCAAGUAACAAUCGAGCCCGACGGGCGAUGGUCGGCUCAGAAAACUGAGACUGUGCCGAAGAAAUCCCGCCACUCUAAUGCUAAGACUAGUAUUGAUGUUGAAGACGAUGUUUCCGUUGUCACAGAUAACCUGAGCCAUAGUAAUGGAUACGGCAGCACCCCGCAUCCCUACGCUACUCCUAUUCGAACUUUCAUGAGUGGGGAAACACCCGGGCCGAGCUCAAGGGAGCCGUCGGGCGCGCCGAGAUCUGGAGGUACUAAGCGACCUGCCCCUGAAGUUAUUGAUCUUACUCUCGAUAGUGAUGAGGAUGACGCACCGCUUUUUAGACCGACAAAAAAGGCCAGAGGGUCAUAUGAUAUGUAAAGAUAGAUUUAUG